AUGAGGCCACCCAAAGCCCAGCCCAGGCGGUGGCAGUUCCUCUGCCGUGAGUGCGGGAAGAGCUUCACCUGGGGGUCGGCUCUGAACAUCCACAGCAGAUCCACACCAGGGAGCGGCCCCCCCCCGUGUGCUGAGUGCGGGAAGCGCUUCCGCCAGAAGCAGCACCUCCUCCUGUACCAGUGCAGGCACUGGGGGGACGGGGCCUGCUGGGGUCCCUGGCGCUCGGUAGGACAGAUCGGCCUGAACGGGCCCCAGCUGGCCCAGGCUGGGGAGUGGCGCUUCGCCGUGGGCCAGUUCCCGCAGAACGUCCAGUGGGAGCCACAUCCCCUGGCCUUCCAGAAGCCUCCUGCAGGGCACAGACCCUUCCCCGGGCGGCGGCAGUUCAUCUGCAGAGAGUGUGGGAAGAGCUUCAGCUGGUGGUCGGCCCUCACCAUCCACCAGCGCAUCCACACCGGGGAGCAGCCCCACCCGUGCCCUGAGUGCGGGAAGCGCUUCCGCCAGAAUCCCAACCUGGUCCGGCACCAGCAGAUCCACACCGGGGACUGGCCCCUCCUGUGCGGGGAGUGCGGGAAGCGCUUCUGCCAGAAUCCCAACCUGGUCCGGCACCAGCAGAUCCACACCGGGGAGUGGCCCCUCCUGUGCGGGGAGUGCGGGAAGCGCUUCUGCCAGAAUCCCAACCUGGUCCGGCACCAGCGCAUCCACACUGGGGAGCAGCCCCACCCGUGCCCUGAGUGCGGGAAGCACUUCCGCCAGAAUCCCAACCUGGUCCGGCACCAGCGGAUCCACACCGGGGAGCAGCCCCACCCGUGCCCUGAGUGCGGGAAGCGCUUCCGCCAGAAUCCCAACCUGGUCCGGCACCAGCAGAUCCACACCGGGGACUGGCCCCUCCUGUGCGGGGAGUGCGGGAAGCGCUUCCGCCAGAAUCCCAACCUGGUCCGGCACCAGCGGAUCCACACCGGGGAGCAGCCCCACCCGUGCCCUGAGUGCGGGAAGCGCUUCCGCCAGAAUCCCAACCUGACACAGCACCAGCGGAACCACACAGGGGAGCGGCCCCACCGGUGUGGGGAGUGCGGGAAGGGCUUCGCUCAGAAACCCAGCCUGGUCUGGCACCAGCAGAACCACAUGGGGGAGCGGCCCUACCGGUGUGGGGAGUGUGGGAAGGGCUUCGCCCAGAAACCCAGCCUGGUCUGGCACCAGCAGAACCACAUGGGGGAGCGGCCCCACCGGUGUGGGGAGUGCGGGAAGGGCUUCGCCCAGAAACCCAGCCUGGUCUGGCACCAGCAGAACCACAUGGGGGAGCGGCCCCACCGGUGUGGGGAGUGCGGGAAGGGCUUCGCUCAGAAACCCAGCCUGGUCUGGCACCAGCAGAACCACAUGGGGGAGCGGCCCUACCGGUGUGGGGAGUGUGGGAAGGGCUUCGCCCAGAAACCCAGCCUGGUCUGGCACCAGCAGAACCACAUGGGGGAGCGGCCCCACCGGUGUGGGGAGUGCGGGAAGGGCUUCGCCCAGAAACCCAGCCUGGUCUGGCACCAGCAGAACCACAUGGGGGAGCGGCCCCACCGGUGUGGGGAGUGCGGGAAAGGCUUCGCCCAAAAGCAGCACCUCCUGAAACACCAGAGUAUCCACGAAGGGGACAGAGGCCCCAGAGCAUGCAGGCUGUGA